CGGCUACAUAAGAUUACAGACGAACGGUUCCGGCGCACAUGGGCUUAUGACUGGUAUGGUUUGUGUAAAUGAAAUGCAGUUUCUGAGGCUAUGAUCGAGAGUUUAGGAGAGAGCUUUGAGACCUAUGGUCUUGUUUACUACCUACUGUUGCUGCCGAGCACUUUAAUUGUAUUCGUCAUCUGUUUGUUCAUUCGGUGGAUGGGACUCAAAUUCUUCAGACACAACUGACCACUGCCCAGUGACUGCAAGUGACCAGCAUGAACCACUGAAGUUGGAAAACUAAUGUGACAUGAUGUCUGCGAUAACAAGACAAUUGUAUUACAACAUUGUCCAAGGGAGACAACUUGUAAAUGUGACACGUGUCAUUUCUGCAAUGCUCUCCCAGAAACAGAGGCACUGCCAUGAUCAUGUGAUAGUUUCCAGUGAAAGCCAAGGAAAAGGAUCACACAUAGAGGAAACUGUCGAUAAAAACAAAGUUCAAAGGAAAACAUCAUUUCACAGACUAAGGGGCAAUAACGGAGACAAAUCAUUUGAUAGGAAAGAUACAGAAACCAACUACCAAUUCAAUCAAGAAGAUCGACGGUUCAGAGAGAGUAAAUCUGAUGAUGGUUUCAAAUUCAGCAAUGAAAAACGACCUUUUAGGGGGAAAAGAUCUGAUAAGGACUUAAAAUUCAAGAAAGAGAAAAAUUUCAAUUCUCAUGAUGGCAUUAAAUUUAAUAGUGAUAAAAAAACUUUCAGACAGGAAAAAACAGACGAAUUUGACGAAGAAAGCAGUGAAAAUAGUGCAAAGGAUGGCAGGAAGUUCAAUUCUCGAAAAAAUGAUAAAGCAGAGGAUGGCAAUAGGAAAAACGAGGGGAAAGGAAAAAGACCAGUUCUUGGCUCUGGAAGGAAAUACGGGCAGGUAUUCAGUAAUUGGAUAUACCCAGUCAAGGGUGAGGUGUUGUUCGGGUAUCACCCUGUGAGUAUAGCGCUGUCCCAGGGAAGACGACAUUGUCACAAGAUCUUUAUCCAACGAGGUCGCACACUCUCUCCAGAUGUAAAUAUUCUGGGCAUGGCUGAGGAAGCCAAGAUACCGGUGGAGCAGGUUUCCCGGAUACACCUUGACCAGUUAUGUCUAGGUCGACCACAUCAGGGAAUCUGUAUGGAUUCCGACCCACUGGACAUCCAAAACCUGGCACCCGAUGAUAUAAGGGCUGCUGCUGUGGAACCACCGCCGAUAUGGGUGCUGCCUUACGAAAUUGUGGACCCAAUGAACAUGGGCGGUAUCAUAAGGUCAUGUUACUACUUCGGUGUGGAUACCAUUGUCAUCCCCAGUGACCACUGUGCCACUGCCAGUCCCAUGGUCAGCAAAGCAAGCUCCGGGGCAAUGGAACUGAUGAAAAUAUUUUAUUUGAAAAACAGAGAAGCCACCCAGCAAUUUCUACAGGACUGGAAGGCCAACAUAGGACAGAUAAUUGGCACAGCGACGGGACCGGACACUGUGGCUUUGACCGACUGUGCGGUUAACGUGCCAACACUACUUCUUGUUGGUAACGAGCAUCAUGGAUUAAAGACGAAUAUUCUGGAACAUUGUGAUCAAGUGGUUAAGUUAAAGGACUUUUCGUCUGAUGGACAACCGAUCAUUGGCAGUAUAAAUGUUUCUGUGGCAACAGGGAUAGUGCUACAUGCUCUGAAAACCAAUAGAAAAGAUAUAUGAAAACAUGGGCGAAACUUUCAUCGGAAAAAAAUCCCAAAAAUAUGUCAACUGAACUAUGGUGAGGAGGCAUCAUAGCUGAAAAGUCAUUAAAAUCAAGAAUCUUGUUCUGUGGACA